GGGUGCGGGCGCGGCGCGGGAGCGGGCGGUGGCGGCCGCCCCAGCACCGGCGAGAUGGUCUGCGGCGGCUUCGCCUGCUCCAAGAACUGCCUCUGCGCUCUCAACCUGCUCUACACGCUGGUAAGCCUGCUGCUGAUUGGAAUUGCAGCAUGGGGAAUUGGCUUUGGCCUCAUCUCUAGUUUCAGAGUCGUUGGAGUAGCAAUUGCAGUAGGAAUUUUUCUCUUCCUAAUUGCCUUGGUUGGACUGAUUGGUGCGGUGAAACAUCAUCAAGUACUGCUGUUCUUUUAUAUGAUUAUUCUUUUGCUUGUCUUUAUUGUACAGUUUUCUGUCUCCUGUGCCUGUUUGGCACUAAACAAGGAACAGCAGAGUCAACUUCUAGAGGUUGGCUGGAAUAACACAAACAGCGCAAGAACAGAUAUUGAGAGAAAUCUGAAUUGUUGUGGAUUCAGAACCUUUGAUCCAAAUGAAACCUGCUUGUCUGAUUGCUUUAGAAGCCACCAGUGUCGACCAUGUUUACUGGUAAUAGAAGAAUAUUCUGGAAUGGUACUGAGGUUUGUUGGAGGCAUAGGACUCUUCUUCAGUUUCACAGAGAUUUUGGGAGUCUGGCUGACUUACAGAUACAGGAACCAAAAGGAUCCUCGUGCAAAUCCUAGUGCAUUUCUUUGAUAAGUUUUUACAGGACUGAAUCUUCUCCUUGUGCCCUCUACUUCAAAAUAUGAAUUCUCCAUAGUUUGGCAUUUCGCCAUAAUGGGAAUCUCCAUGUACUCAAAAGAAAACUUUCCUUCUAAAGAAGUCCAUAGCUGUUGUCUUUAGUUUUCCAUUGUCCUCUUUCUAAGAAUCUCUAUCUUGAAGCUGAAAUGUAUAUACAGUACCUGGACAGAAUCAGAAUGCUGCUCAGAGCUGGUUAAAUAACUUUGUUAAUACUUAAACAAUUGAUGUGGUGAAUUGUAUUCAGUGAAUUUUAUAGCACUACUUGCUUCUUUGAUGUCUAAGAAACAAAUCUUCUGCUGUGUUCAUUGAUUACAGAGAGUCAUGUGGCUUCUCCUUAAAAUGAUAAAAACAUAUUUUGGGUGCUUGGAGUUGUGUGAUUUGGUUAGCCAUUAGGAUGAAUAAGAGUAAAUUUAUUUUCAUGUCUUAAUAAUGGUCUCUCAGUCUUCUACUAGAGUAAAAACAGAACUUGAAGGUGUUAUUUUCUGUAGUGCACAUAAGUGUAUAUUAAUGGACUUAUGUAGUCGUCUCCAGUCCCCCACCCCUCUUUUCUGUUUGUUUUGGGUUUCUAGUAGCUUUAGAAUUCCUUUACGAGACUAAAAAUACCUUUUUUUUUUUUUUUUUUUUUAAUGGGCAUCUUCACUAAAAGAAGAAUGAAUGAAGAUCAAGAAAAUGUAAUCUGCAGCUGAGUAACUUGAAACUUUUGUCUUUAGGAAGUGAAUGAAAUUGGAUAUCUGCACAGCAUCAGAAUCAAUAGUGGUCUGUCAUCUUGUUAAUGUAAGAAACUUGAUGUCUAUAAAGUUGUACAACUACUUUUACAGGUGGUGUAAAAUUGUUACGAUGAUAUAGCUGGGUGACAGGAAUAUAUGCUAAGAGACUUGAUGAGAGAUUGAAGUGUAUUUAAAAAAAAUCUGGCAUUUUCAGUAGUUUGUUUAAAAAAAUAAAAAGUCUAAAUGGUUGUGCA